AUGGACCUCAUGCCACUUGAAACCAUGUCAGUGCAGGGACGUGAGAGUGAAGGAGUCCAAGAUUCCCAGCAUGAGAAGAUCGUCCCCGUCACAGGAGAGGGAGUGAUCCAUAGUCCGGACUUCCCACUCACCUACCCCAGGAGUACCGUGUUGGUCUGGAGACUAGUGGCCUCCAAUGACAACAUGAGAAUCCAGUUAUCCUUCGACGAGAGGUUUGGCCUGGAAGACCCAGAGGAUGGAAUAUGCAAGUAUGAUUUUGUGGAGAUCGAGGAGCCGUCUGAGGACACCAUCCUGGGCCGCUGGUGCGGGUCCCAGGUACCUGCCAGCUACAUGUCCAAAGGUGGUCAGAUCCGGGUGAGAUUCAUAUCUGAUGAGUACUUCCCCUCCGAGCCUGGCUUCAGCAUUCGCUACUCCCUGCUCCCCGUGUAACUUACUUCUGAAACUCGCCCAUCUGUUCUUCCCGAGGUAACUCCAUCUCUGCAGAGCGCAGAUGCGUUGUCUGAGGUCGUGGCUGGCCUCGGUACCGUGGAGGAGGUCAUGAAGUACCUGGAGCCUGAGAGAUGGCAGCUUGACAUGGAAGACCUAUACAAGCCCACGAGGCACAUCCUGGGGAAGUCAUUCCUCCACAACAAGAAAUCCAGAGGAGUGAAUCUCAACCUGUUGAGAGAAGAGGUGAGACUGUACAGCUGCACGCCGCGCAACUUCUCCGUCUCCCUGCGCGAGGAGCUCAAGAGGACGGACGCCAUCUUCUGGCCUAGCUGCCUCCUGGUGAAGCGCUGCGGGGGCAACUGUGCCUGCUGCUCGCAUCGUUGCUUCGACUGCCAGUGUGUGCCUACCCGGGUCGUCAAGAAGUACCAUGAGGUUCUCCUGCUGAAGCACCGAAGCGGGGGCCGAGGCCUGCAGAAGUCCAUGACCGAUGUGCCCUUGGAACACCACGAGGAGUGUGACUGUGUUUGCAAAGACGACUGGGACUGA